CUCUCUCUCUCUCUCGGUGUGGAAUUCCCUUGGAGACGGAACGAGUGGAGCUCUUUCGAAGCAAGGUACUUCCUAUCUAUGGCUGCAGAUUGAGCCACGUCAUAAAAAUUCCAAUACAUCGCUACACACAUAUAAUAUCUCCACACACAGUUAGAUUCAUAUCUUCAAGAAAGAGACCUGCGGUGGUGCAAUUAACAGCCACAGAUGUUCACAUCUAACAGUGCAAAUGGCGUUCUGCACCCAUACGGUGACGAGUACCUACUCAACGACACCUGCCCUUCAUCUAGUACCGUUUCCUUUUCAUCUUUCCUACACUUCUCCCCCACCGCUGAUCACAGCCAACCCUUCCACCACAACACUGACCUUCCCGUUAACCACUUUCCACGGACCAUCUUCUCGUCCAAUGCAAGCACAUCAGCUGCAGCUGAGGUCGCGAUUAACGCCGUAGAUCCUACCCAAGUAGCAGGUAAGGAUAUGUCCACUACAGAUGCCUUGCAAAACUUCUUUUGCAACACUAACAGCCCCUCUUUGGGUGUGGGUAGAAAGAAAGGAACUAAGAAAGAUCGCCACAGUAAGAUUUUAACUGCCCAAGGACCCAGAGACCGAAGAAUGCGGCUUUCCCUCGAGAUUGCUCGCAAGUUCUUUGAUCUCCAAGACAGUCUUGGCUUCGACAAGGCUAGUAAGACUGUUGGAUGGUUGCUAACAAAGUCAAAGGCAGCUAUUCAAGAACUUCAUAGGGUCAGAUCACAAAAUAAAGGCUGCAACAGCGGAGGCGGCAAGUCCAUUUCUUCACCGUCUGAAGGCGAAGAGGUAGUAUCUGGAUUGGAUGAGAUCACAGACAAUAUGGAUCAUGGGGACGACUCAAAGGAGAAGUCCACUUCCUUGGCGGCAGCACUUCCCAAGGUGAAAAGAAUCCGAAACUCACGGAGAACUACAUUUCAUCCUCAUGCAAGAGAGUGGAGAGAAAUGGCAAGAGCAAGGGCAAGAGAGAGAACAAGGGAGAAGAUGUUAAUUAGGACUGACAGAUCAAAGAAAUGGCCCGGUGAAAAUCCUCUCAACUCAAAGCACUCAAGGUCCUUGCAUCUGGUCGAGACUGGAGAGGACUCCACUUCCCACAGUAGUCAUGAUAAGAAGUGUCCUUUGGAAUUGGUGGUUGAACUUGUAAAGCCGAGAUCUCACACUCCUGAACAUCGAGGGUCUGAUGAAUCGCUUCCAGAAAACUGCAAAUCGGGAAGUUUGAUCUUUGAUAGCAUUUCAUCUCCGCAAAUGGUGAACACCGAGGACUUUGUCUCCCUUCAGAACAAUGACAUUAUCAAUAGUUUUAGAGAGAAUUGGGACAUUGAUAGCACAAGAAUACAUUCAGGUUAUGAUGCUGUUACCAAUAUUCAAUCAUCGACUGGUAACAUCCACGAAAGUGUUGCCAAUCCAAUCCUUGAAAUGUCGGUUGGCAGUCAUUUGUUGUCCCAAUUCACCAAUAAUGUUAAUUACUCCUUCAAGCCUUGGGAGGCCUAGAAUUAUUAAGAUUUUCGGCCACGUUUGCUCAAUAUUUCUAUAUAGCAUGUAUUAGAUGUAUGAGCAAAAUAA